CCAACCGCACAUUCUCCACUCUCUCUCUCUCUUUCUGUCUCUCUGAGCUCACUAGCUACCAGAGAAGCAGCAAAUCAAGAAAAGCUGUAGAGCAAUAAUUGUCUCAUGGCUAAGGACGUGGAAGUUGCAGAGAAUCCUGGAGAGUUCUCAGCCAAGGACUACCAUGACCCUCCACCUGCACCUUUGAUCGAUGUUGAGGAACUUGGAAAAUGGUCCUUGUACAGAGCUCUUAUUGCAGAGUUCAUAGCCACCCUUCUCUUUCUUUAUAUCACUGUUUUGACAGUUAUUGGAUACAAGAGCCAAACUGAUCCUCUCAAGAAUGCUGAUGCUUGUGGUGGUGUUGGUAUUCUUGGUAUUGCUUGGGCCUUUGGUGGCAUGAUCUUUAUUCUCGUUUACUGCACUGCUGGUAUCUCUGGAGGACACAUUAACCCAGCUGUGACCUUUGGGCUUUUCUUGGGACGCAAGGUGUCACUAAUCAGGGCCCUUUUAUACAUGGUAGCACAGUGCUUGGGUGCAAUCUGUGGGUGUGGUUUAGUGAAGGCCUUCCAAAAGGCUUAUUAUAACAGGUAUGGAGGUGGGGCCAAUGAACUAUCGGAUGGGUACAACAAGGGAACUGGAUUGGGUGCUGAGAUCAUUGGCACCUUUGUUCUUGUCUACACUGUCUUCUCUGCCACUGAUCCUAAGAGGAAUGCAAGAGACUCCCAUGUUCCUGUAUUGGCACCUCUCCCCAUUGGAUUUGCUGUGUUCAUGGUUCACCUUGCCACUAUUCCAAUUACUGGCACUGGUAUAAACCCUGCUAGGAGUUUUGGAGCUGCUGUUAUUUACAACAAAGAUAAGGCCUGGGAUGAUCAGUGGAUCUUCUGGGUUGGACCUUUUAUUGGAGCUGCCAUUGCUGCUUUGUACCACCAAUACAUUCUUAGAGCAGCAGCCAUUAAGGCUCUAGGAUCCUUCAGGAGCAAUGCUUAAAUAGGCCUUUUAAUUUUAUUUGAUAAUUUGAAGAGAGAGUGUGGUGGUGAUGAUGAUGAUGAUGAUGACGCUUAAGAAGAAUAACAAUGGAUGAAGAUGAGUGGUCAAGUUCUGUCUUUUAAGGGGUUCCUUCACUAAUUUCUUUCUCAAUCCCUUUCAAGGGUUUAUAGGGAGAAAUUUGGAGAGCCCAUGGAAUUGUAAAUGCUAAGCAAUAUUUAUGGUCAAGGGUGUCUUUUCAAUCCCUGUUGUUUUUGUUAUGAUUGUAUUUUAAGUUAUAAUUAUGUCACUUAUAUCUA